AUGAAUACAGCUCUUAGAUAACCAUUAUCAUCACAUAACUCUAUUGAUAAAAGAGAAAAUAAACCAGAUUACAAAUCAGAUUUGAAAUCAUUUUCAUUUAUCAAAUCUAAUACACUAAAUGUAUAAUCAUAAUAACAAUCAUAACAAUAGAUAUUAUUAUAAUAAUAGUAACAAUAAUAAUAACAAUAGUAAUAAUAAUAAUAACAAUAAUAAUAACAAUAGUAAUAAUAAUAGUAAUAAUAAUAAUAGUAAUAAUAAUAGUAAUAAUAGUAAUAAUAAUAGUAAUUAUUAUAGUAAUAAAUAAAUAAAACUCCAUCUUAAACUACUCUUACUACAAAUACUAAUAACAAAAUCAAUAAUUAAAUUUAAGAUUUAGAAACAUUUAUUAAAGAAAUUGAUAGAUUAUAAUUAGAAAAUUAAUAAUUAAAAGUCAAGGCCUAAGAACCGUAAUUAAUUAUAUAAUCAGAUCCUAAAGUAGCCAUAGAGAAUCAAGAUCUUAAAGUAAGAAUAAUUAUAAAUAUUUAAUAGAAUUAAGUUGAUUAUCAUAAAUAAAAAUAUGAAUUAUAAGAAAAAACACACAAUGAAACUGUCAGAUCAAUGGAUUUGAAUUGGAAAUAAGAUGUUGUUACAAUGAAAUUUUAGAUGGAACAAUAAGAAUCAAAGCAUAGACAAGCACUUAAAUAAGAAUAAGUGUAAGCUAAACAAGAGAUUGCUAGACUUUAAUAAAAUUUAACAUAAAUAUCAAAUUCUGAGAAUAAAAAUCAAAAUUUAGUACAAGUUUUGGUAAAUUAUUUAAUUUAAUAAUAUAGGAAAGGUAAUUAAUAAAUCUAAAAAAAAGUAAUAAUAUUUUAGAAGAGAAACUAUCCUAAGCUAUUUAAUAAUUUGAUUCUUAAUCUAAAGAUCAAGAAUUCACUUUAUUGAAAUAAUAAGCAAUAAUUACAUCAUAGGAAUAACAUGUUAGUGAUUUGAAAAGUAAAUUGGGAUGUUAAAGAGAUUAAAAUUAAGGUUUAAAUAAUGAAUUAGAAAGAGUGAAAGAAAUAACAGAAUAAAAAAAGUAAAAUGAAAAUAUGUUAACAAAUAAAAUAAAAUAAGUAGAAAGUGAUUUUGAUCAUUUACAAUAGACAUAUCAAUAACAUAAGGAAUAAUUAUAAUUGAAAAUAAAUGAAUUGACUGGUAUGUAUGGUAAAUCUCAAGAACAAAUUUGUUUGUUGUAAUAGUAAUAGAUAAGAGAACAAAAUUUAAUAAAGAGAUUGGAAGUGAAUUUGGAAAAUGAAGAAAAGAAUCACGAAUAAGAAGUGAAAGAUAUUCAUAAAUCAAAAUAAUUAUUGAUUGAAUUUUUGGAAUAAGAAUUAGUAGGAUAUAAGGAAUAGAAUCAAUAAUUAAAAUUAGUAAAUUAAAAGUUAGAAAAUCAGCAUUAGGAAUAGUAAUAAUAUUUUGGUAAGAAUUUUCGAGAAUUGGAAUGUAAAACCAAUAUGUUAGGAGAAGAAUGUAGUAGAUUGAAUAAUAUAAUAAAAUAAAAGGAUGAUUAAAUUUAUAGAUUAUAGGUUCAAUUAAAAGAUUUGAUGAAUUUAAAUGGUAAGAAUCAGAAUCAAGAAGAAUUGUUAGAAUCAUUAUAAAUAAAAGAAGGAGAAAUAAAUAUAUUGAAAUAAUAGAAUGAAAGUUUAAUAAAUGAUUUAUCAAGAUAAACGGACAAUUACAGAAGUUUGGCUGGUUAACAUAAACAAUUAUAGAAAUUUGCAGAAGAUGCAAAAAUGAAUAAUAUAACUAUGAAUGAGUUCAUGAAUAAAUGUGAACUUUAAGAAAGAGAAGUAGAAAGAUUAAGAAUGAAAGUUUUAGAGAAAUCCUAAUUAUUAGAAAAAGUUUAGAAAGAGAAUUUGGAGUAUUAGGCUAAAUUGAAAUCAAAGUUAAGAUGA